AUGGCGAAGCGGAAGAGUAAGAGAAAGCCAGUGACGACCCGAAAGGCGAUCCAACCGUUGGACACACUGUUUAACUGUCCGUUUUGUAACCACGAGAAGUCGUGUGAAGUAAAGAUGGACAGAACCCGUAACUCCGGACGCAUUUCCUGUCGCAUCUGUUUGGAGGACUUCCAGUCCACUAUCAACUACUUGUCCGAACCCAUCGAUGUCUACAGCGAGUGGAUCGACGCCUGCGAGUCCGCCAAUCAAUGA